ACAAGUGGAAUUUCUGGGCAGGCUCCAGAGGAUUCCCAGCAGCACAGAUUUCUGCUCCCAGCUCCUCUUCAACCCACCCCCUCUGCGGGCCUUGUUCCCGGCGCAGGUAUCAUGGCAGCAGCACAGAUGAAAAUGGCACGGUCCCUAGACUUCCCUCUGCUCCACCUCCUUGUCUGCAUCAUCUUGGUCCAGCUGCUCACCUCUUGCUCAGCUCAGUUUGCUGUGAUUGGACCCCCCGGGCCCAUCCUGGCCAUGGUGGGUGAAGACGCUGAGCUGCCCUGUCACCUGUCCCUGAAGAUGAACGCAGAGAACAUGGAACUGAAGUGGGUGAGAUCCAGCCUCAGGCAAGUAGUUUUCAUGUAUGCACAUGGCAAGGAAGUAGAAGACAGACAGACAGCAGAGUAUCGAGGGAGAACUAAGUUUUUAAGAGAUGGCAUCACUGCAGGGAAGGCUGCUCUCCGAAUUCACAGCGUCAGAGCCUCUGACGGUGGAAACUACCUGUGUUAUUUCCAAGAUGGCAACUUCUAUGAAAAAGCCUUGGUGGAGCUGAAAGUUGCAGUGACAAAGGGCCCUUUGAUGCUGACGUUCCAUGAAAUGGCUUGUGUUCCCCAAGAGAACACCAAGACCAGGCCCAUGUCCAAUGUCAAAGCACUGGGUUCGGAUCUUCACAUUGAAAUGAAGGGCCAUGAGGAUGGAGGGAUCCACCUGGGGUGCACAUCCACCGGCUGGUAUCCCCAGCCCCAAAUACAGUGGAGAGAUGCCAAGGGCCAGAACAUGCCAGCUGUGGCAGCACCUCCAGCUACAGAUGGCGCGGGCCUGUAUGCAGUCACAUCAUCUCUAAUGGUGAAAAGCAGCUCUGGAGAAGGGGUGUCCUGUAUCAUCAGAAAUCCCCUCCUCAACCAGGAAAAGACAGCCCAGAUUUCCAUUGCAGAUCCCUUCUUCUGGAGGGCCCAGCGCUGGAUCGCUGUCUUCUCGGGGACGCUGCCUGUCUGUCUGCUGCUUCUCGCAGGGGCUGGUUACUUCCUGUGGCUACAGAGGAAAGAAAAGGAGGUUCUAUUCAUGGAGAAAGAGAGAGCAGAAGAGGAAAAAGAAACGGCACGGGCAGAAAAAGAGCAGGAACAAAGAAUAAAAGAGACACUCGAGUAUGAACUCAAGUGGAGAAAGAUCCAGUACAUGGCUCGUGGGGAGAAGUCUCAGGCCUAUCCUGAGUGGAAGAAGGCCCUCUUCCAAGCUGCGGAUGUGAUAUUGGAUCCGAACACAGCAAACCCCAUCCUGCUUGUUUCUGAUGAUCAGAGGAGCUUGCAGCGAGCAGACGAACGACAGAAUCUGCCAGACAACCCCGAGAGAUUUGAUUGGCAUUACUGUGUGCUUGGCUGCAAGAGCUUCACGUCAGGGAGACAUUACUGGGAGGUAGAGGUUGGGGACAGGAAAGAGUGGCACGUCGGGGUGUGCAGGGAGAACGUGGAGAGAAAAUGUUGGAUUAAAAUGACACCUGAGAAUGGCUUCUGGACUAUGGGGCUGUCUGAUGGGAGUGACUAUCGGGCUCUCACUGACCCCCGGACCAAACUGACAAUUGCCAACCCUCCUCAAAAAGUGGGAGUUUUCCUGGACUAUGAAACUGGUGAGGUCUCCUUCUACAACGCCGCGGAUGGAUCUCAUGUCUACACCUUCCCGCACACCUCCUUCUCUGGGCCUCUGUGGCCUGUUUUCAGGAUUUUGACCUUGGAGCCCACUGCCUUGACCAUUUGCCCAGCAUUGACAGGAGUGGGGAGUUCCGGUGUUCCUGACCUAGAGCCUGACCUUUCUCUGGAGACCCCAGUGGCCCUGGGCUCAGCUGAUGAGAAUGGGGAGCCUCAGGCUGAAGUAACGUCCUUGCUUCUCCCUGCCCGGCCUGAAGCUGAGGCCUCUCCCCUAACAGCAACAAAUCACAACCAUAAAAUACUGAAGACACACACUGUGUGAAGCACUUCACUAAUAUUAAUACAAUUAUUUAUUCCAUAUGGACAGUUGAGUUUGAUACCGCUUUAUUGUCUCCUUUAUAUGGAGAAAGAAACCAGGGUGCAGAAAAGUGAAUUCACUUCCCAAAGGUCACUCAGCUAGUAAGUGACAGCUGGGAUUUGAAUAUAAAACAUUUAUAGAUGACCUAAGUGUACUGGGGGUUGUGUCAAACCUUUAAAUAAAUGUACUCCUUUAAUCCUCACAGCAACCCUGUGAUAUAGCCUCAUUGCGCGAGUGUGGAAACUGAGGUAGGGCCGAGUUAAGCGACUUAUAUAAUUCAUCAGUUUGUGCUGCUGGGGGAUGUUUGGCCCCUGUCCCCCACCUCCACCCACCCUCUAACCCCUAGCCUGUUUUCCAGCCCGAUUGCCCCUGUGGGGAAGGGACCAUGUGCAGCCCUGAGUGUCCCUUCCCAGGGCACCCCAGGGUAAGGAUCACUGUAGGUGUCUAUGGAGGCCACACCCCACUGGGUUCCUUCAAGGUCAAUAGUCAGAGCCAUAGGUCCAGGGCUUCGCUGGAUUGGCUCUGCCGGGUGAGUUGGUCCAGAGAAUGAAUUCACAGUGACUACAUCACACAGGACUGCAAAGGGACUAAAGGCCAAAAUCUUAACUACUAAAGGGCAUGAGUACCACCACCGCCCCACCCCCCUCCACCCCCCAGCCAAUGUGAUAGGUAAUGGUGGAGCCAGAAGCAGUCCUCCUACAUUUCAGGUCUCUAGAAAGCCUAACUUAAUACCUAAAGACUGCCUGUGGAACAAGAAUUUGAGAGGAAUGAAGCUAGAUGAACUUUAGCAGUAUUUUGAUCACACUGUAGAGUCCAUCUCCAGGAAAGGGAUAUUUCCACGCCUGAUCAGUUAUUGAUGUUAACAGAUGUUCCUUGCAGCUGUGGGUACCGGGCAGAAGUUACUCUUCAUUAUCAUCACUAUUUUGUUCACCAGUGUAUCCCCUCUACCGGGCGU